GAGUUCUUCAGGAGAAAAAAUAUAUGGCCGAUGGAGGUCUGACGGUGCUUGACGGGUCACACUUAAGAGCUGUCGUUCCCUGUCUCCCAGAAUCAGAUGGGCCCUUCACAGGAGCUCAGGUUCUUGAUAUUGCAGAAUCACAAGUGUCUUCCUCGCUCUUCGGACUCUUAUUGCCGGAGAGUCUAAAGGCUGCCGCACUCCAACGGAUGAGCCUUGAUAUCGAGAGUCUUACUGACGCACAACUCGACAGAGAACAAGCUUCUUCUAUGUUUCAAGACUAUGUGAUCGCUAUUGCAUCCGAAUUGAGAGAUGAUCCGCUUGUCGUGUCGGUUUUGGAUGGAAGCCCUCUUAAACUGUUCUUGGAGGACGAAGAUGAUUUCGCCAUGCUAGCGGAGAAUCUUUUUACGGAUUUAGACACUGAGGAUAUAGGAAAGAUAAGUAAACAUCAGAUAAGGAAUGCUCUUGUUCGUAUGGGAGUAGAAAUGGGUGUUCCUCCCUUCUCAGAAUCCACUCAUCUAGAGGAUAUCCUGAAGAAAUACGAAGUUGAGGGGGAAGAAUCAUUGGGUCAGGCACAAUUCGCACAACUACUCCAGCUUGUUCUACAGGAAUUAGCAGAUGUCCUGGCCGAAAAGCACAUUGUUGUCAUCCAGAACAGCAAGAUCAUCAAUGGUUCAAAGCUAAAAAAGUUCAUGGCUGAUGAGAAGAAACUGAAGUAUGAGACAGAAAAGGUGCUCCAAUGUGCUAGCAGUGAAGGAGGAGAGAACACAGAAAUAAUCAGGAGUUAUCUUGAGAAAAAUGGACAAAACAUGGGUUUACCACCAUCAGAAGCCAAUGGAACAGUGGAUCUUUAUGAUCAGGUGUUUGCUGAUGCAGAAAAAGGAGAAAGCAGUGAGAAAUUAGAUAGAGAUGAGUUUGAAGGGACUCUGAAGGAUAUUCUUGAGAAAUUUGCAGAGCAGCUUGACGUUAACCCCAUUCUUCAUGAUCUUGACAGUUAAAGCAGGUCGACAUAGUUAAUUCUAUUUUAUUCCAGAAAUUGAUGUUGUUUCUACAGUCUAUGCCACACAAAUGAAAUCUCCUGGAGUA